AUGAACGCGCGCUCCCUGAUCAUCUCAGUAAAUCCUCUGUUGGCCGAUUACGCCCUGGCUCGGAGAGGCUCGCCGAGCAACGAGCCGAAGGCCAAGAGCAUAACCGCGGUUCUCUAUACGACGCUCGCAAGUAGAAAAAGAGCUGAUCUCAAUCGAACCAAGUCUUGGUCUUGUUUCGAAUCUUUGACCCGUUACGACUGCGUCCAAUUUCAGCAUGAGACCCAAUUGAAGCUCCCUUGGUUCUACAAAAAGGGCCGUGUUACCCUGACGGGCAAGGCCGAUUACUCCCUAUGGUACGGAGAUUACGAGGACCAGGAGGCGAACCUGCUCAUAGUUGAAGCGAAGAGAGAGGGCGUAGACGGCUUCUAUCAAGUUCUGGCCUAUAUGGCCAUGAUUCACCAUGCUCGCAAGAAAGCCGGCCGCAGAGAUACCACGGUGUGGGGGAUCUCAACCAACGGGGACAAGUGGGAGUUUGUGCGCCUCGAUGCGGAUUCUACAGUCAAAUCUGUGAUGUAUGCCUUCCACAAUCAGCAGGGCCCGGAUAUCAUCGGAAUGCUGUAUCUAAUUAUUAAUCACGCUGCGGGACUCGCCCCGUCCACCUCCAGGACCUCCUCAAUGGCGCGCAAGCGCACCCUAGAGGAGGCCUGUGGCAUCGAAAUAACCCCGUGUUGA